CACUUCUGUGUCAGAGUCCAUCAGAGCUGAGCUGCUUUCAGACGGCUCCGUCUUGUUGUGGAUGCUGAAGCUGAUCAUGGUUCUCCUGUGGAUGAUCCUGUUGGUGGUUCUGCUCUGUGCAGAGGCCGAGAACGUGACCGAGGUCAGAGGAGAGCUGGGGACCAAUGUCACUCUAACCUGCUCCAAUCAGACAGCAGACACAUACUGGUACAUGGAGAUCCACAGUCAGUUCAGAGCAUGUAUCGGCCGCAGUUUUUCUUCAGCAGGCUCUACCCUCUACUCUCCUGGUUUUGAAACCAAAUUUUCAAUCCUGGGAAACAAACUCGUGAUUAAAAACUUCACAGCAGAGGACUGCAGGCUUUACUUCUGUGGCAUCAAGAGAGGAGGCAGCAAUCAGUUUGUGGAAACUUUCCAUCUCAUUUCAGAUGUAACUCAAAAACCUGUUGCACUCACUGACAGCAACCAGCAGAGUGAGCUUGUCAUCCUGAGCUCUCUGAGCCUGAACGCGGCACUCAUUCUUGUGGUGAUCUGUCUGAGUUGUGUAUCGCUGUCUCUGAAGAGGAGAAUCAGCAAGUAUCAGGCAAACCUCCCUCCAGCUGGGACCAGUGAGAGGCUGGAGACUCCACAGAAGGAGAUCCAGCCCCCGCCUCGAUCUGCUGCUCCUCCUUCAGAGGGCAUUUACUACAAACUUCACCUGCCUUGCUUCACAUUGCCUCAAAGCUGACAAACACACCUGGACAGGUGGAUGAUACCUGCUGGAUUCACAUUUCACAACUUUUUGCCAAACCUUUUUUAAAGUGGUUCAGAACUUCAGAUGGUUAAACCAGAACCAAAACCUGCUGUAAAAACCUGUAAAUAUGUGUACACUUCACUUUGAUUCAUCACAUUAUAGUGAACACAGCGUGAACGUUACAAUGAAACAUGUUGGACAAAAAAAGGCAAAGUCUGAAAAUUUUGAGAUUUAAAAAAAAUAAAAACAAUAUAAAUUUUAAAACUACCAGAGACUAAAAAUUAAAUUUAAAAAGUCAUAAAUAGAUCAAGUAGAGUGUGAGAUGUAGUUUUUCUUUCUUUUUUUUUUUUUCAAUUCAAGACCGUCUGACAUUGGAGUGAAUUUAGAAGAUCAUUGCGUUGUGUUAACAAACACCUGAACGCUCCAGACCUGCAACCUGCCAACAACGCUGCUUUUAUAGAGCUGCUCAUACUCACUGACGAUCAGUUACUGAUGUGUACCUGGCUGCUACAAAUCCUGUUUAUUCCUAUGGAAACAGUAAGGCUGGGCUUAACAGUUGGUUUAGCUUUUGUUAAAUAAAUAAUGAGACAGUGUAAUGUGUCAUGUUGUGGUUUUGUUACUGUGUGACAAUGUGUGUGUGAAAAAACAGAAUACACUGAUUUACAUUCAGAGCUUAAACAGAACUGAAACUAGUAAAAAACAACAUGUUCACGUGAGAAAUUACAAGAAAAUAGGUGACAUCAUCUCUCUCCGAGAGAGAGAGGGAUUUAAUGCUCUGUGAAAGUCUG